CUCGCCAUGCCUUCGUCUGCGGGAGGGGUGGAGCCGCCGCCGAGCAGCCGGCCAUCCAGCGGCCGGCGCACGGCGCAUGUGCGCGGCGGGGCCCCGUCACGUCGACCCGGCUCCGGCCAAUCAGCGGAAACUUUCCUAACAGAGAUUUGUAAGAUGGCGACCGCCGAACCGGAAAAUCAACCCAGUCCACCCCAGCCUGAGGAGGAUGGAGCUGGGGAGAGCGGACAGGAGAUAGUGAACCCAGAGGCCUACAUCAAGCACCCCCUCCAGAACAGAUGGUCCCUGUGGUUCUUCAAGAAUGACAAGAGCAAAACAUGGCAGGCCAACCUGCGACUCAUCUCCAAAUUUGACACAGUCGAAGAUUUCUGGGCCCUCUACAACCACAUCCAGCUGUCAAGCAACCUCAUGUCUGGCUGUGAUUACUCCCUGUUUAAGGAUGGCAUUGAACCCAUGUGGGAGGACGAGCGGAACAAGCGUGGCGGGCGCUGGCUGAUCACACUCAACAAGCAGCAGAGGAGAUUAGACUUGGACCGCUUCUGGCUGGAAACUCUCCUGUGCUUAGUCGGAGAGGCCUUCGACGACUACAGCGACCAGGUGUGCGGCGCCGUGGUCAACAUCCGCACUAAAGGAGAUAAAAUAGCCGUCUGGACAUCAGACUAUGAGAAUCGGGAAGCUGUCACGCACAUAGGGAGAGUUUACAAAGAGCGUUUGGGGCUCCCCAUGAAAAUGACUAUCGGCUACCAGUCCCACGCGGACACGGCCACCAAAAGCGGCUCAACCACCAAGAACAAAUUUGUCGUUUGAGCAUCGCCCCCAUGUGCCUCUUUUCAUAUUCUUGUCUUAUUUGUUGUUUGUGCAUAUGUUUACUUUGCUGCAAAGACUCUGCGGAAUGCAAUCUGGAAGGAGACAGAAAAGAAAAAUAUAUAUAUCAAGAUGCCAAAUGUUUCCAUAGCCUGCCCGGGACACUCACACCACAGGAAAGACAAACACACCCAAGGAAAACAGCUGCACACAAAUCUUCCAAAACACUAACAAUGAGAGGGAUUAAUAGUGAAGUAUAUUUUGAGUGCAUCAUACUCUAUUGAAAAUAAUUGUGCUGAUUUAAUUUUUAAUUUCUUUCUUUUUUUUUUCUUUUUUUUUUUUUGAAUGGCAGGGAAUCUUGAGAUGCAAAAACAAUGCGUAUUCUCUCCCCACCCCCCUUUUUUUUUUACAGCAUGGUUGGUUUGCUGUAUUCUUUAAUGACAUUAAAACAUUUUAAUUUAUUAUAUUAAUUUGCCUGCAUAUUAUUAGUUUGUUAGACUUUUGUUUUAUGCUCCUUUUUUUUUUUUUUUUUUUGCUUUGAACUGUUGCACGUAAUCAACCUUUUUAAAGUAUGUCAUGAUGACCCAUUUUAAUUUGAGUGUUGAUAUAAUUAAACAUUGGUUUUGCAGUUAUUAACUGUU